AUGAGCUUGACAGCGACAUUAGCUAGGGCGUCUCUUCGAAACUCAGUUUUGUUGAAGAGAUGCCCACGUCCAACGAGGUGGAAACCUGAUCCAUAUGCCUUUAGAACUUUGGCUACAACAGCAAAAUAUGAUGAGGCUGUCAACAGGAUCAGAAAUAUUGGCAUUAUUGCUCAUGUAGAUGCUGGCAAAACAACCACUACAGAAGCCAUGCUCUACAAUAGUGGCGCCACGAGACAUCUUGGAAAUGUCGAUCAUGGCGACACUGUAACGGAUUUCCUUCCCAUGGAGAUGCAGAGAGGUAUCACAAUCCAAUCGGCUGCAAUUACAUUCAGAUGGCCCACACCAGAAAGAAUGAAGCAGGGCGAGGCGGAACACAUUGUCAACCUGAUAGACACUCCGGGACAUCAAGAUUUCCGAUUCGAGGUUGAACGGUGUAUCCCCGUUCUGGACGGCGCCGUCUGUAUCAUUGAUGGUGUUGAGGGUGUAGAAGCACAUACUGAACGUGUCUGGUCAUCCGCGCACGACUUUAAAGUGCCACGGAUAGUUCUCGUCAACAAGCUCGACCGCGAUGGUGCCUCAUUCAAGAAGUCUGUGCAGGAUAUUGGCUUGAAACUCGGCGGCAUGCCCCUGGUGUGUCAAAUACCGUGGUGGGAAAACGAUUCUGUCAAGGGUGUCGUUGAUGUCAUCACUCGAUCCGUCGUCAGCUGGGGAGGACAUGGAAGAGAUGACCCAACUGACUUGGCGAAACGAGUGCCCCCUUUUCAAGACGAAAUCGAACGCGCUCGAGACAAUAUCAUUGAGAGGCUGUGUGAGCACGAUGAUGAGCUGAUGGAAGCGUGGACAGAAAAGGGCAAAGAUCUUUCUGCAGAGGAGAUCAGAAAGAGCAUCCGCCGCGUCAUCGAGGAUGGCGAAGCGAGUAUCAUCCCCGUCUUCGCCGGAGCCAGUCUGAAGAAUAUUGGCGUGGCACCCCUUUUGGACUCUGUCAACCAUUACCUACCUAGUCCUAGAGAUCGACCAGAUCUCAAUGUUCGUGUCGGAACAAGCAUUAUGCCUUUGUCACAGGUCAUUAAUGAAUCCAAGGAUCAGAAAAUACAAGCCAAGAAGAGGUCUCCAAUCGAGGCAGUAGCAUCCGUGUUCAAGGUCGUCAAUGAUCCACGACGCGGAAUGCUGGUCUUUAUCCGGGUGUACCAUGGAGAAAUCAAGAGAAAUGCUCACAUGUGGAACUCCAACCUGCAAGACUUUGAGAAACCUCUCAGUAUCUCACAGAUUUCGGCCAAGAAUCACAUCGACAUCCCUCACUUGUCUGCAGGCCAGAUUGGUGCCCUGACUGGGCUUAAAAAGGCUCGUACUGGUGACACGCUGCUGGUGUAUACAGGAAACAAGACUCCAACUGGAAAUGUGGCACAUGUCAAAAUUCGACCUCCUGAGAUACCUCCCGCAGUAGCGUUCCUGGUUCUUGAACCGUUAACCCCCUCGGGCACCAAAGCCUUGGAGACUGCUCUAGACAACUUAUCUCGAGAGGAUCCAAGUAUAAGAUGGUCUCUGAACGAAAAGGCAGAGCAGUACACGGUAUCUGGAAUGGGAAAAUUGCAUCUAGAAGUGGCCAGGGAUCGCCUAGAAAACCACUACAAGGUGGAAGCGCACUGGGGAGGUAUCGAAGUGGAGUACAAAGAAUGCGUCUCAGAAUCAACCGGCAUACACAAGGCAGUCUUUGACAAGGUAAUUGCUGGCAAAACUGGCAAGGCGGCUUGCAGUGUUGAGAUACAGCCCUUGGAACGCCACGAGGUGGAAGCGCUUGCACAGUCCCAUACAGAGAGAGAUGGCAACAUCAUCCAGGUCAACUUUUCAGGGGAAUUGCCGGUCGAUACCGAGGAGAUCCGGCCUCACCUGAUCAACGGUGCCAUUGCGGCUCUAGCGAGAGGUCCUCGAAGGAACUCUCCUUUGAACCAAUGCCUUGUCACCAUCACGUUUGAUGCCGAGACCGAUUAUUUUGGUGCAACACCACCUGGCCAUUUCGUUGGUGCUGCCAAUCAAGCUACUCGAACAGCACUAAAGGAUGCACACAAGCAAGGAAAUGUUGCCGUAUUGGAACCAGUCAUGAAGGUGACUAUUGCGCUUCCAGAGGCAGCGGCCGGUGCAAUCCAGCAUGACCUGCCUUCUUCUCGGGGCGGUCACGUCCUAGAGGUACGGGAUCUGCAAGAUGCGAACGCACGUGACGAGAGCCAGAUCGAUGUUUCAGAAAUCUAUGCUCCGCCAGAUCCUUACGAGUUCCAGACGACUUUGCGGGAGACGCGCAAGGGCAGCUUGCGCAUGCUUGAAAUUGUGGCACAGGUCCCGCUCGCCGAAAUGCUCGACUACGACAGCCAUUUACGCAGCAAGACUGCCGGACGGCACACGAUGACGAUGCAUUUGGACACGUUCGAGAAGGUCACGGGUUCUCGCGAGAAGGCUCUGUGA